ACACACACACGCACGGAUGCAAGAAACAGACGGAGAGCACGGGAGAGGGAAAAAGAGAGGGAGAAUGAGGAGCUACUGUGUUGCUUUCACCUCCUAAUCAGUUCUUCUGAGGGGAUCUAUCAGGGCGCACUGGAGGAGAAUCAGAAGCAGGAAAAAGGAAACAACUCGUCUUCCAUCAUACAUACAGAAAUGGACACCCCUCUCUCCACCCCGUGCAACAUCCAAAUAUGCGAGGUGACGUGCGAUUCGUUCCGCAUCAUGUGGGACAUGACCUCGGAGGACACGAGCAGAGCCACGCACUUCUUCAUUGACCUGAGUCGCAAGGAGUGCGGGGACCCUAACCGCUUUAAACACCGGGAUGUUCCGACCAAACUGGUGGCGAAGGCCGUGCCCCUCCCCAUGGCGGUGAGGGGACACUGGUUCCUGAGCCCCCGCACAGAGUACUGUGUCGCUGUGCAGACGGCGAUUCGACAGUCUGACGGCGACUACCUUGUGUCGGAGUGGAGCCAAGUGGUGGAGUUCUGCACAGGAGACUACGCCGUAGAACACCUCCAGCAGCUUCUCGACAAAGCCAAAGGCUCCACGGGAAGGCUAUUGAAAUUCUCCGUGUUUUAUCGCAACCAGCAUCCAGAUUACUUUGACUGCGUCAGAAAGGAGUGCGGGGGUUACAUGCGACCAGCCCUUAAAGACACCAGUGGGAGUCACGGUUCUCCGAUCAAUGGCAAGCUGCAAGGAGUCUUCUUUAGCUGCAAUACCGAGUUUGACACCGGCCUCCCCCCCAAGGACUCUCCGUACGGCCCCCUGCGCUUCCAGAUCCCGGCCGGACACCUGCUCAACCCCAACAUCUCCUUGUAUUUUGCAGACUUCUACUGCAUGUAUACAGCCUACCACUAUGUGGUUGUGGUGCUGGCCCCAGUGGGCUCAGAGGGAGACCACUUCUGCAGAAGCCGUCUCCCCUUGCUGGACUUGGCCAGCAACCCCUUCUUGACGUACAGCGCUCCCCAGAGGCCGGGGGAGGAGCCGCUCUACUGCCACGCCAGUGACGUCAUCCUGGAGGUGCUUUUUACCGAGCCGGUCAGUUUGGAUGAGGGUACGGUGGAGCAAAUCAGCGGACACCAUCAGCUCAUGAGUUUGACCACGGCCAACGCCAAGAAAGACCCGAGCUGUAAAGUGUGCAACAUCAGCGUGGGCCGUUAGGCGAGAUCCAGUGCUGAAAGACAUCAUUAUGUGUAGGCCAAAACCCAGGGGAGAAACACCCACCACCUCAAGGGAGAGUGUGCAUGAUGCUUUCCUUACCCCUCCCUCCCAGGCUAGGAUAGAAUUCAAUACAAUGAUAUCUCACAUACACUAUAUUGCCAGAAGUAUUUGGCCACCUGCCUUGACUCACAUAUGAAUUAAAAGUGCCAUCCCAUUCCUAACCCAUAGGGUUCAAUAUGAUGUCGAUCCACCUUUUGCAGCUAUUACAGCUUCAACUCUUCUGGGAGGGUGAGGUCACACACUGAUGUUGGUUGAGAAGGCCUGGCUCUCAGUCUCUGUUCUAAUUCAUCCCAAAGGUGUUCUAUCGGGUUCAGGCCAGUGAAGUUCAUCCACACCAGACUCUGUCAUCCAUGUCUUUAUGGACCUUGCUUUGUGCACUGGUGCACAGCGUACUUGCCAACCCUCCCGAUUUUUCCGGGAGACUCCCGAAUUUCAGUGCCCCUCCCGAAAAUCUCCCGGGGCAACCAUUCUCCCGAAUUUCUCCCGAUUUUCACCCGGCCAACAAUAUUAAGGGCGUGCCGUGAUGGCUCUGCCUUUAUCGUCCUCUACAACCUGUCGACGCGUCCGCUUUUCCCCCAUACAAACAGCGUGCCGGCCCAGUCACAUGUUGUAUGCGGCUUCUGCAUACACACGAAAGCGACUGCAAGACAUACUUGA